AUGCCGGAAGUAGUGCCAACUUCUCGAGUUCAACGUCCAGGCAAUUCGGCUCCAUCAUCAGGAGUCUUGACACCUCGAUCACUAACUUCAACUGGUGCAAAGGCCACCCCCGUUCCGUCUGUGUACCCAGAUCCCAGUACUCCCCUUGGUCUUUUCCAGUCUGCCUGCGAACUUGACCCCAUAUCUCAAAGUAAACUGCUUAAUGCUGUUGCUACAUCUUGUGUUGCUAAGCAUGAAAAAUUGAUUCCAUCACUUUGGACGGCUGUGAAGGUGCAUUGUUGUCAAUCAAAAGUUUUUCUUGGAUAUAUUUGCGGAGCUUCGGAUUCGGAUGGACGCACAAUCGUAUUGUGCUCUGUUCCUGAAGGGAAAGUUACUUUUGUUUCGGGGUGGAGUAUUGAAAAGAUUGAGAUUCUAUCGAACUAUCCACCAUUACCCGAAGAAAUGAAAGCUAAAUUGGAUUCGGUUUACUUCUCAUCUAUUGACGAUGAACCAGUUUAUUCAACCGAAUGUAACGGAACCGAUAGCUUAGAUCGCCGACGGCAAUCUGUCCUUAGUCUCUUUGGCCCACUGGUCGCUAAGACUUCAGAAGAGGAUGAGAAGAUCGUGCUGUAUGACGGGUUAGUAACAGUCAUGCCACCUUAUCUGCCCAGUUCUUGUCGAAGCUCAAAUCCGACCCUGCUAAAACGUAUUCAAGAAAUGCUCAUGCAAAUCGAUGAGAGGCCACUAUGA